AACAAAGAGAGAUCAUAUCAAAGAUGGUGAAACAAAUGUUUGAGAAGGCUAAGCCAUAUAUUGCAAUAAUAUUGCUGCAAUUUGGGUAUGCAGGAAUGUUUGUUAUAACAAUGGUCUCGUUGAAACAAGGCAUGAGCCAUUAUGUAUUAGUUGUUUAUCGUCACUUGGUUGCAACCCUUGCAAUCUCCCCGUUUGCUCUUUUUAUUGAAAGGAAAACAAGGCCGAAGAUGACUGUAUCAAUCUUCCUAAAGAUUACCGCCCUUGGAUUGAUAGAGCCAGUUAUCGAUCAGAAUUUAUAUUACGUGGGAAUGAAGUAUACGUCAGCAACAUUUGCAUCUGCAAUGGUGAAUAUCCUUCCUGCCCUUACCUUCAUAAUGGCCGUUAUUUUCAGGUUGGAAAGAGUGGGCUUGAAGCAAUUACAUAGCAUCGCAAAAGUGGUAGGAACCGCAAUCACGGUUGUGGGAGCGAUGGUAAUGACUCUAUAUAAAGGCCCGAUUGUGAACAUCUUAGGGUUGUCUCAUCAAAGCGCCCACGACGCAAGCAAUGCGUCUAAUGGCUCUGCCGAUCAUCAUUGGGUCAUGGGCACAAUCAUGCUCUUUUGUUGCAUAGUCGGUUGGUCAAGUUUUUUCAUUCUACAGUCUAUCACAUUAAAGCAAUAUCCGGCUGAGCUUUCAUUGACCGCGUUGAUAUGCUUGAUGGGCACGCUACAAGGAUCCGCGGUUGCACUAGCCUUCGAACAUGACAUGAGUGCUUGGAUCAUCGGCUUUGAUUCCAAGCUUCUCGCUGCAGUUUACUCUGGAGUAGUUUGCUCUGGAAUUGCCUACUAUGUGCAAGGCGUAGUGAACCGGGCUCGUGGUCCAGUUUUCAUCACAGCGUUCAGUCCUCUCGCAAUGAUCAUCACCGCGAUUUUGGGUGCCCUUGUUUUGGGAGAAAAAGUUCAUCUAGGAAGCUUGAUUGGAGCCAUGGUGAUAGUGUUUGGGCUGUAUGCUGUGGUUUGGGGCAAAAGUAAAGACCCUUUGCCUAAUUUGGUUCAAUCGAGUAAUCAUGGUCAUGAUGGUGAUAAAGGGAAAGCAAAUAAUGAUAAUGAAUUGCCAAUUGUUAUGUCGAUGGAUAGUAAUAAUUUGUCGAAAAAAUCUAGUGUUUGUGAUGGCUAUACCUUUCAUGGACAAGUUGAGAUCAACCCUAACAAGGAUCCAACUCCGAUCAAUAUAUCUGUAACCAAAACUUGAUCAUAUAUCAUGAGCCUAUCUCUCUUUCUCUAGAAAAUGAGAGAAGUUAUUUCUAUAUAUAUAUAUAUAGGGAUGACCAUGUGAUAUGUUCUUGACAUGUUGAAAUAUCAUUGUAAUCUUACCUAUAUAUUUUACUUACUAUAAGAACUUGUGUUUUAUAUAAUGAACUUUAUAUCGAAACA